CGGAUCACGAUAAGUUAUGGACUAAAGCUUAGGUUGGUAUUGGCAUCGCAGCAGUCAUGUGGAGAAGAGACGUUAAUUGGUGAGGGCAAACCGCGAAGAGGUAGAAGGAGAGGGCGGUAAGGAAUCGCUCGAAAGCCUUUAUGAUACCGCCAAAACCCUAGCUUUCAUUUCCCGCUUCUUUCUAAAGUAUCCGGAGUUUCUAGAUCUUGGCUUCGAAGUACUGACGGGAGUAACAAGGAGCUGAUUUGGUGGAAUUCUUUGAGUUAGGGGGUUGAAAGUUUGGAUCUUGCUGGGGCUUUAAAUGGCUUUAUGUACUCAUUUAUGUGAUUUGCCUAGGGUUUCGAUUGAUUGUGGAUAGUUGAUUUGAGAUUCUUUGUGGGCGUCAGAGGGCGGCGGUUGGUCUUUUAAGUGUGGAUUGGGAUGAAUAGCGUUUUCAGCGAGCAGAUACUGGCGGACAAGCUUUCCAAGCUCAACAGUACACAGCAAUGCAUCGAGACCUUGUCCCAUUGGUGUAUUUUUCAUCGAAAAAAUGCAGAACAGGUAGUUCAAACAUGGGAGAAGCAGUUUCACAGCUCCACUAAGGAACAUAAGAUUCCAUUUCUAUAUCUUGCAAAUGACAUUCUUCAGAAUAGUCGGCGUAAUGGUAUGGAAUUUGUGGGUGAAUUUUGGAAGGUGCUUCCAGCAGCGCUUAAAGAUGUUACCGAAAAUGGUGAUGAUCAUGGAAAAAAUGUGGUAUCCAGACUGGUGGCAAUAUGGGAGGAAAGGCGGGUUUUCGGUUCACGGGCACAUGGACUCAAGGAUUUAAUGUUGAGUUCUGAGCCACCACCUCCGUUGCAAUUGAACAAAAAACGCUCUCGUUCUGUUAAGAUUGUUAGAAGGGAUUCUCGUUCCAUUAAAAUAAAACUGUCAAUCGGAGGAACAGCUGAAAAGAUUGUGUCUGCAUUCCACUCUGUCUUAGGUGAGCUUCCAAAUGAAGAUGCAGAUCUCAAUAAAUGCAAGUCUGCAGUUAGACGAAUUGGGAAGAUGCAGAAAGAUGUGGAUGCUGCUUGUGCUCGAGUUGGGGAUCCUCACCGCACAACAUUGGCUGAGGAAUUGCAGGAAGAGGAGAAUUCUUUGAAAGAUUGUAUUGAAAAACUCAAAUCAGUCGAAGCAAACAGAUUAAUAUUAGUGUUGCAAUUAAAAGAAGCGCUCCAAGAACAGGAAUCUGAACUGGAGAACAUUCGCACGCAGAUACAGGUUGCACAAGCACAAAUAGAACAAGCCGUCAACAUGAGAAAGAGACUAAUGAACGAGACACCAAGUUUUCCACCUAAACGUGAUUCAAACGGUGUGACAUCUGAACCUCCAAAGAAAUCAGCAGCUGCCAUUGCCGCUGAGGUUGCUGACAAGCUUGCAGCAUCAACACACUCCCAACAAAUCAUGACUUCUGUCCUCUCCACCUUCGCCGCCGAGGCAGCUAAGAAUGCUGUACUGAGUACAUCCUCAGCCAGUAACUCGUCUUCAACACCAAAAAAUAAUGCGAAGCUUGAGAAGCCAAUGAUGUCCUUGCAACCUGUAGUCGCCACCACCACUCCCCAGCCUCAGUAUAAUCUAUAUCAUGCUCCAAAUCAACAGUACAUUCAACCUUCGAGCGGAUUAAUGAUCGGCGUACCAUAUGCAUAUACAACCUUACCUCCGCCACCGCCGCCUGCACCUCAAAUGAUGAGUAUGUCAAGACCGCCACUACCUUUACCUGCUCAGCAGCAGCACCAGCAACCAAUGCCACCGCCGCAGCCACCGCCAAUGACGCUGGUUCCGCAACCAGCAGUGCAGGCGAUGCCUAUCGCCAUACACCAGUUGCCAUUGCAAAUGAAUCAACAGCAGGGGCAGUUUGGGCUUCUGCAACCAGCUCCACCUAGUUACAGGCCCUUGCAACCACCCAGAUGAAAUUUUUUUCCCCGUGAAAGGGAAGAUAGAAUUGCAUCUUUGGAGAUACUAUUGUGCAGGGUUGGUUUAUUGAUGUGUUAUCAAAUGCAAGCUCAAUAGCUUUGUGAGAACAUUUGCCUCCAUUAAUUUGCCAUCGAAGUUCUGCUUGUUGAUGUUAUGAUAUACUUAUUUCAGCACUACAAUUACUGGCAAAGGUAUGUCAAUUUACAUCAGCCAUUUCAACUACAUUUGGAAGUUCUCGCACUGCAAAGUUGUCUAUGGUAAUUGAAAAUAUUUGUAUCAUGUAACUUUGUCAUUUGUAGCUAUUUUUUCCCCGAAU